CCACAUAAGGCUAGAAACACACUGGGGUAAGAACAGACAGCGCAAGUUUGAACAUUGCCAACGCAGAAACAACGUUUGCAUUAAUUUUAAUGCAAAUAUCAAAACUUAAUCAAUUUAAGAGUACAAAUAAAAAUAAAAUACAAUUCUGCUCUCCUUCGGCUUAUACCUGUCCAAUUUGACUUGCAUAUAGUCAAACGUUUCCGCGCAAUAGCAGUGCUUUCUACGCGCCGCCCUCAACUAUGUACAUACAUAUAUUUCUGGCCUGAGGAUGAGUGGAAGACAAAAGGUAACUCUCAGCGAGCGAGUGAGCAUGAAAACGAGACACAGCCAAAGUUAGACAUAUGUAAUUGUGUUUUGUGUGUCUUCUCGUCGUAUUUUGUCAAGCGUUGUAUGCCACAAGUUUGCUUAAAGUAGUUUUUCCCACACUACGCACAAAUAAUUGAAAAUUGGAAAGAAAACAUAUACUCUUGCUAUUGAAAACUAUAAAGAGGCAGGCGGGCGAGAGGCGCGGGUCGAAAUGUUCUACUGAAAUUAUGUAGGAUAAAAAAUACUAUACCGCGUGCAUUGUCAAACUGUUUAACUCAAAGAAGGUACAUUGUACUUAGCGCCAUCGCCUUAGUUGGCCAAGAUUUUUUGUGUACCAUUUAGUGAGAUAAAGUAGCAACCAAAAAGAAAAUACAGCCAGCUAAGCGUAUGAAAAAUCGAAAUCGCGUAAGUAAACUACUAAAAUUGUGUUUGACGCCGAAGCUAAAAAUAAAAACCAUCAACAAAACAAAACGUGUCAAGGAAAAUUCAAUAAACAGCAUCAUCAAUUCCGCAAAUCAUAAAAUCUGAAUGAAAAUCAGAAAAUCAAUCAUAUUGGCUGCAUACUCUGUGAUGAAAAAGAAUUUUGCAACAUCGAAUUGCAAAAUUUUGGGUCAGUUUUAAUUAAAGUGUUGUGAUAUUGUCGUCGUUGCAACGAGCAUAACGUGUAGUGGAGAAAGAAGAAGCAAGAGCAAAUACGCCACUGCAAAUAUGUAGCUACAUAAGAGUUCACCCAACUAAAAACUGAAGAGAAGACUUCGUAAGAAAGUGACUUCACGGUACGGCGAAACGUCAGAUAAAGCCAAAAGAAAAGUUUUGAAUCUCGAUUGUGGAAAUACAUCUACUAUUUAAUAACUGUGCAUGCAUAUAUUUAUAAUUGCGUUUUUGAAAGAAGAAGUUAAAAAACAAAAUGUUGAUUAGAAUGUAUACCACUCAACUGAUACUGGCGGCUUGUCUGCUAUUAUUCUGUGGUUUGGCGAGAGCGACCGAUUCAUCUCCAGCAUCACUCAAAUAUCAAAUAAGCUCAUCCAGUGAAAAUGAUGACUAUUACCUGUCACAAAAAGAAAAUGUUUUAGAGAAGUCCUAUCAUGGCUUGAUACGUGAGAAUGAGACUUUAGUUGAAAUAACUCCGCUCAUCAAAGUCGAUGAGGAGAAAAUUUGUAAUUUUCGCAUUUUGAAAAAACCAUAUCAUGAAAUACCUUUUCAGAUUGAAUUGGUCAAUAACUUAGGCAUACUAAAGGCUCGUCGAACAUUAAAUUGUGAGAAGCGAAAGAGUUAUCACUUUGAGAUAAUGGCAAUUUUUUGCGAUUGGACGCACUCUGCCACGGCCAAUGUGCAUAUAACGGUUAUAGAUAUAAAUGAAUACGCACCGACAUUCCUGCAGCCAUCGUACGUUACUGAAGUCGAUGAAGGACGUCUGUACAAAGAGAUUAUACGCGUCGAGGCUACCGAUAAGGAUUGCACGCCACUAUUCGGAGAUGUUUGCAAAUACGAAAUCCUCAACAAUGAUCAGCCCUUUAUAAUUGACAAUGAGGGUUCCAUCAAGAAUACCGAACCUUUGUCGCACAAAGUCUCGCAUAACCACAUUCUAUCGGUGGUUGCUUACGAUUGUGCCAUGAAGGAGUCUGCGCCAAUUAUGGUGAGCAUUAAAGUACGUCGCGUUUGUGAGGCGAGAUUCCUAGGCAUUCCUGAACGUAUCGACUAUACGGCAUCAGCGGCCGAGAGCCUUUCUAUAUUUCCAAAUGCGCGUCUUGAACUUUGCGACAUGUACUGCAGCAAUCAAAACUUAAGCGUACAUACAUCAGUGGCUUUGAAGACAAAACACAUUUCCUUCGGCUGCGAUCGAGACAUCACCAACUGCUCCACGGGUCUCUCUUUGAUUGACUUACUGCCCCGUAAUGCUGAGUGGACAAAAGAUCUGAGUUAUGAUGAGGGAUUCGAACCAGUUUUUCAUUUCGAUGGCUCAACCGGCGUGAUUGUGCCUAAUGCUUUGAUUACACACCAUGACUUUUCGACGCGCUCGUUCAGCAUAGUCACCAUUUUCAGGCACUACAGCCUGGCGACCGCCAGCAAACACAUCAAAGAGCACUUGAUAUGUAGCGCUGAUGAUCACAGAAUGAACCGUCACCACAUGGCGUUAUUCGUUCGAAAUUGCCGACUGAUUUUAUUGCUGCGUAAAAAUUUUAAUGAUGGCGACCUAAAUAUUUUCAGUCCUGCCGAGUGGCGUUGGAAGAUUCCGCAGGUAUGCGACAACGAGUGGCAUCACUAUGUGCUAAAUGUUGAGCAAUCAUCUAAAGUGGAGUUAUACAUUGACGGCGUGCGGUUUGAGAACUCCGUGGAGGACCGCCACAGCAAUCCCGAAGUGAUAGACGAUUGGCCACUACAUGCGGCGCACGGUGUGAACACGACCCUAGCCGUGGGCGCAUGCUACCAAAGUUCGGAAACCCGCUUGAAACACGGCUUCAAGGGUGACAUUUCUGUAAUAAAAGUAUCGCUCAAUUCGGUGCAGUCGCCAGAAGACGUCCGCUGUGGCACCAACUGUGCCGAGCAUUUGCUGCCACCACCAGAAAGUCUGCUAGAAGCCGACUCGCAGGUACAAACCAAUGCGCAAAUGAACGAAAUCUAUAUUGAGGGUCAGAGUAUAAGCAACGUAGAACAAUUGCUGCAAAAAAUUCAAUACAUCAAUACCAAAGAGAGUCCCACAAUCGGCCGAAGAAAUAUUGAAGUGCGCACGACCCUGAUGUGCAUCAACCAAAGCGCCACGCGACUACCGACUAUUGAGACCUACAUAAUGGUGAAUGAACCCGGCCAAAUGGUACUGGCAGGGCGGUUAGCCGGUAACAACAACGCCAUUUUUAAUAGUGUCAUGAACGUUGGAGAGUUGAAGGAUAAAUUUGGGACAGUAACAGACACACCAUUUGCUAAAUUGUCGUCACCGGUAACUAACGCACCGAAGGAUGUUAUCAAUUCAAUGGAGCACAAAUCGUUGGAUGCUCACAGCGAGGAAAAAGCCAAAAUUAUAAUAAACGGAAAUACAAACAACUUGGUUUCGUAUGCGGAAAUCAAACGCGGCGUACAUAUAUUAGGCAACGUCAACAUAACUGUUGUUAACGCCAACAGUAGAGUUGUGCCAAAUAUGCAAAACUUAGAUUCCUGCAGUGUCAUCGUGUUUCCAUCGUUGAAUCCAGACCAUGAAGAAAUCCAGGUGGAUGGUGAUGAAUCACUUUCUUCAACGCUUGAUAUAAAGACCAACAUAAAUAAAGAUGGCGUGGAAAUGAUUGGAAAUGAUGCAAUUGUCAAUUAUUUGGAUGUCUUAAAGGCGCUCGUUUACAGCAAUAAGAAACCGGCUUACUACCUGAAUCGCGUCUUUAAACUUGGCUGUACACAGAUGAACUCUGAAUUUAAGAGUCAAGAAUUUACAUUGACGUUGACGGUGUUACAUCCAAAACUAGUACCCAAGACCACAAUAGCCCCGACGUCGGCAAUGGCUGCCGCUGAAAAUUCGCCGUAUAGCAUUAGCGGCGUUAGUGGCGUCGCUUUAGGGCCGACAUUGGCAGAUAAUAGACUCUUCGCACAUGCGAUGGUACAUUCACACGAUGUGCAGGAGCCCAAGAUGCAUGUGCAUUCUAUCAUUCACAAAGCUGAAAGCUCACACCCGACGAUGCUAAUAAUCUUAAUAUGCGUAUUUUUGGUGAUACUAUUAUGCGGUGUGUCCAUUGCCCGUUUGAAAAAUAAUAGCUUGAAGUAUGUGGAUAGUCAUCAGCCUGGUUCGAAGAUUGCCGACGAGGGCUUGGUUUGGGAUGAUUCCGCGUUGACAAUUACAAUAAAUCCAAUGCAAACUGAUGGUGUUUCUGAGGAUAGCACAGAUUCUGAAAACUCCGAAUCCGAGGAUGAAGAAGUGGUAAAAGGUCGAUUUGCAAAUGUGAGCCAAUUGGAAUGGGAUAAUUCAAACAUGUUUACCUCGGGUGUUAACUAAAACUAACUGGAAGUUUGUGACGUUCGUCGCAUGCAUAAAUGUUUAGGCACAUAAAUAACAUAAAAUGCCAACAAAAUGAACAAAUCUGGCAAAUAAAACCAAAUUCACACUUUUGUAGAAGACAUAACAGUGAAAUGUUAUGAACAUUGCAACACACUUAUUUACAAAUAAUGGUUUUCCACAUUUAUUUAACAUAUAAAAGCUGCGCAGGAAAUAAAAAGAAACUAAAAUAAAAAAAUAGGUAAAGUAAGAAAAGCUGAGGAGGAGAAAAGGAAAAUAGUUAAAAAUAUGGCAUGGAAAAUGUGUGAAAAUAUACAUAUAAAUAUUAGCACAUGUAUAUUUGUACGUGUAGGCGUAAGCAAAUUCUAGAUAAAAUAGACCAAAAGAAAAAUACAACAUUUGUUUAUGCUAGAUAAUUAUGUUAGAAUUUUCAUAUUGCUUAAAUCAACAAAUGCCCAGUUAAGCAUCUUAUCUUUAAGGUGAAAGGCAAAUACACGUUUAUUUUCAACGUAAUUCCUCUAGUGGGCGCAACAACCAAAACUCCAAAACGUAAAAAUAGCAAACUAAUACUACAACAACACACUAUACAAAAAAAAAUAAUUAACAUGAAA